AUGCUGCUGUUGCUUUUGCUGAUCGGGGCUGUGACUGGCGAGGUGUUUGAUGAAGUGGUCUAUCCACCACAGUUCACCAUGGAGCGGAUUGUGGGUGGCGAGGAUGCGCCCGCUGGCAUGGCGCCUUAUCAAAUCUCGCUGCAGGGCAUGAAGAGUGGACAACAUUCGUGUGGCGGAGCCAUCAUCGAUGAACGCUGGAUAGUCACAGCUGCACAUUGUAUUCACGGCAAAUCAGCGAAUGCUCUGAGAGUGUUGACUGGCACACAGGAUCUGCAACAGAAUGACACCAAGUAUUAUUAUGUGGACAGAAUCGUGGAGCAUUGCAACUACGAACCUCGCAAGUAUCGCAAUGAUAUUGCUUUGUUGCAUCUCAACGAAUCGAUUGUCUUUGACAAUGCCACACAGCUGGUGGAGUUGCAACAUGAACCACUUGCGGCAGGCGAUAUGUUGCUUCUCACAGGUUGGGGCACGCUCUCGCUGGGUGGCGAAGUGCCCGCCAAGUUGCAACGCCUUGAGGUGGAGUACGUACCCUUCGAACAGUGCCGUGAGGCGCAUGGCAACAGCACCAAUGUGGACAUUGGACACGUGUGCACUUACAACGACAAGGGACGCGGUGCAUGCCACGGCGACUCUGGUGGCCCAUUGGUGCACAAUGGCAAGCUUGUGGCAUUGGUCAACUGGGGCAUGCCUUGUGCGCGUGGCAAGCCCGAUGCCAACGCUGGCAUUGCCUACUAUCACGACUUUAUACGCACACAUCUCAGUCUCAGUCAGCAGGAGGAAGCGGAAGUGGAAGGGGAAGGAGGAGCAGAGAGCAAGGAUAUGCGACGAGCUCAUUGCAACUGA